GUAAUACAAUGAAAGUGGCGCCGGAGAAGAAGCCACCGAUUCCGGUGGUUAUUACUGCAGAGCAGAUGAGCUCUGAGGCCAAGGAGAAUGGAUUAGAACCCUCCUCCUCCAAAAUCCGUUACAUCGUGCUCAUUCUCAGCAUGACCUGUCUCUCAUUCAUGAUGUCCAAUGUGAUCUGCUUCAACUUCACCGUCCUCUGUAUGCCAGGCACUGGCGAGUCGUCGGAGCUCACCGGAAACAAGACCCAAUACAUUGGAUACAAUAGGCAGGAGAAGACGUGGUUGUUCAGUACAGUGGCUGUAGGUGCCAUGUUCGGAUUGUUUCCGGUGAUCAUUGGAAUUAGUACAUAUGGAUUGAGAAAGGUGUUUUUUGCCGCGGGCAUGUUAACCUCGCUAACUACUUUUUUGAUUCCUAUUGUGGCACCGAUGGAUUUCAAUUUGUUCCUGUUGAUGAGAUUUCUGCAGGGAAUGUCCUACGCCGGCUGUAUGCCAGCUGUUGGGGCCAUCACUUCUUCCUGGGCUUCUCUAACCCAACAGGGAUUAUUUAUUGCUGCACUGACCACAUUCGGUCAGCUCUCCUCGAUCUUCUCAAUGCCCAUUGCUGGGGAGCUCUGUGUUUCUCCGUUUGGCUGGAAGUCUGUCUACUUUCUGCAUGCCGCAAUUUCAAUGGUCAUUUUUUUGGCAUGGUUCGCAGUAUUUACAGAUUCACCGAGCACCAACAAGCUCGUAAAAUCAACCGAGCUCCUUGAAAUCCAAAAAGGAAAAUCCGACGCAGCUGCGAAUGGCAAGCAAGAGGCGACACCCUACCUGGAAAUCCUCACAACUCCAUCUGUCUGGGGUAUAUGGAUUGGUGCCCUGGGAGAUCUUAUAGCCGUCCAACUGAUUCACAUCUACUCACCUGUCUACUUACAUGAUAUUGGAGGUUAUUCAGUGGAGAAGACCGGCUUUGCAGCCGCCGUACCGGUGUUGUUUCAGUUUUUUAUGAAGCUUUUUGCAGGCCACUCCAGUGACCGAAUCUCUGGAAUAUCUGAGACAACAAAGCUCCGGAUCUACAAUACUAUUGCUCUGGGCGCCAGUGCCGUAUUUCUAGCUGCUCUGGGUUUUGUAAAAGAAGGCCAGGGGCUGACCGGCUUGACACUCAUGACUGUAGCCACCGCAAUGUUUGGAUUCAACGGUGGAGGUUUUAUAAAGUGCGCCGCCCUUGUCUCCCGACAGCACAAUCAUUUUGUCAUGGCAAACGUCCAGUUCCUGCUGUGCCUCUCGAUGCUUCUCUGUCCAAUACUUGUAUCAUUUUUGCUUCGACACGGAACUAUAACUGAAUGGAGAUUGGUUUUCUUUGUUCACGCCGGAAUCCUUGCCGCUUGUAAUCUUAUAUUUUGUCUGUUGGCCACUGCAAAACCGGCUCCCUGGACAGAUCGGACGUUGAAGCCAUCGGCGUCGAGAAACACACCAUUGUAUACAAUAAAGUAUUGAUUAU